AUGCCCUCUCAUGACAACGCGGACUCUCCCUCAGCGUCUGUAACGAAUGCUGUGACCGCAAUGAAGCUGGAGCAGAACGACGGAGCCGCCGAGACUCCCGUUCUCAACGGUGGAGAUGCCAUUGCGAAGCAAGAAUCCUACGGGCUAUCUAGCCCUCCCACCGCCACCAGAGAUCACUCCGAACUGAGUGGCAUGUCUUCAUCCGCUGUUAAGUCGCGAGCUUCAUCUCAGUCCCCAGUUAAAAUUGAAAAUGGAGAUACGCCUGAAAUGGAGGAGAAGGUUGGAGGCGACAUCACCGUGAAGAUGGAACCUGGUCAACCUCCCAAGUUGACUCGCACCACCUCUCAAAAGGUCGCUGCGCGUCCCCCUCAGCUGUUUCUGCAUCUGCCGGAUGGCACAGCGGAGGCCCAGUCGACCUUUGAGGUGAUGGAGACGUGUACUUAUGCUAACAAAUACAUGGGCUACACGGAGCAUGCGAUGGAAUGCGAUUGUGCCGAGGAAUGGGAUCAGUCCGCCGGCAAAAACCUGGCUUGCGGAGAAGAUUCUGACUGCAUUAAUCGCGCAACCAAAAUCGAGUGUGUUGGCGAUUGCAGCUGUGGUGCUAAUUGCCAAAAUCAACGGUUUCAGCGAAGAGAGUAUGCAAAUGUCGCGGUCAUCAAGACAGAGAAGAAAGGUUUCGGUCUCCGUGCCGAGACCGAUCUGCAACCGCACCAGUUUAUCUUCGAGUACGUCGGUGAAGUUAUCAACGAGGGGCAUUUUAGGCGUCGCAUGAGGCAAUACGAUGAAGAGGGGAUCAAACACUUCUAUUUCAUGUCCCUCAGUAAGGGAGAAUUUGUUGAUGCGACCAAGAAGGGCAACCUGGGCCGUUUCUGUAACCAUUCGUGCAAUCCCAACUGCUAUGUCGACAAGUGGGUCGUGGGCGAGAAGUUGCGCAUGGGCAUCUUCGCCGAACGGGCCAUCCGCGCUGGUGAGGAACUUGUGUUCAACUACAACGUUGAUCGUUAUGGAGCCGAUCCUCAACCGUGCUAUUGCGGCGAACCAAAUUGCACAGGCUUCAUCGGAGGGAAAACCCAGACCGAGCGUGCAACCAAGCUGUCCAAUGCGACUAUCGAAGCUCUGGGUAUCGAGGAUGCUGACAGCUGGGAUACGGCGGUUGCGAAGCGGCCACGCAAGAAGAAGAUGGGCGAGGACGACGAGGAGUAUGUUGACAGCGUGCAACCCAAGUCUCUGGAUGAAAAUGGCGUCACCAAAGUCAUGGCGGCUCUUAUGCAGUGCAAGGAGAAGUGGAUUGCGGUUAAGUUGCUGCGGCGUAUUGAACGCUGCGAUGACGAGCGCGUCCGCAAUCGGGUCGUGAAGAUGCACGGCUACCAGAUCCUCAAUUCCCAACUCAGCAUGUGGAAGGAAGACUUUACAGUGGUGUUCCAGAUCCUCGACAUCCUGGACAAAUUCCCCCGUCUUACCCGAAACAAGAUCAUCGAUUCGAAGAUCGAGUCCACGAUACAGCCUCUAACGACGUGUGGGGAUGAACGUGUCGAACAGAAAGCAGCUACACUACUGCAGAGCUGGGCGACUCUGGAAGUCGGUUACCGUAUUCCGCGCAUGAAGCGAGAUCCUAAUGCGGUGGCCUCGGUCAGUCAGUUUGGGCGAAGAGAACAGGCCAACGAUGAAGCCAAGCGGUCCCAAUCUCGGUCGCGCUCACGGUCCCGAUCAUUGGAUGCGCCUCGCGGGCCAGCAAAUCCUCAUCGCAAGGGCAAUGGCCAGAGGAAUAAUCAGCAUCGUGGCCCGCGCCAAUUCCGCCGCCAGUUUGAGCCGCUGCCUCCGGGAUGGUUCGUGGCCGAAGCCCAGGGUAGGGUAUACUACUACAACGAGCGGGGAGAUGUCACCUGGACCAAGCCCGUCUUCUCCACACCGGAGUCUGACACGCCCAGCAGCCACGCGAAGAAUCGGGCCCUUCAAGGUAUCAUCGAUGGUAUCUUGAAUGCUAAGGAAAGCGCGCCGAAGGAGAAGACGGCCACGCCGGUCACUCCACAGGCGCCCAAACAACCUACCAACAAUCGCAGUGAAAAUGAGGAGAAGUGGAGGAACUAUAGUGAAGAGAAACAGAAGAAACUCUACGAGAAUACGUUGUUUCCUCAUAUCAAAUACGUGGUGGACAAGUUCAAGCACAAGCUUCCAAAAGAAGACUUGAAGCGCUACGCCAAAGAUGUCGCCAAAAAGCUCGUCAAUUCGGACUUCAAGAACAACCGAGUGGAAGAUCCGACGAAGAUCAGCGAAAAGCAGCAGAAGAAAGUAAAGGCGUUCUGCAAAGAGUUCUUCGACAAGGCGGUUGCGAAGCAUCGCGCUCACGAGCAAAAGAAGGCCGAGAAACAGGCAAAGGGACCGGGCUCCAAAACAGAGCCAAGGACUACAGACCAGAGCCCCAUCGAUGACGCAGAUGUGAAGAUGUCCGACGACGAAGACCGGGCUGAGGAGGACCACACCUCCCUAGGCUCUCACAGCGGCCAGAAGCGCAAGAGGGAGGAGGAUGCUGAUGGUGAUGAUCGACACCUUGACGAGGUGACUUCGCCUUCGAAAAGACAGCGAUCAACGACACCGAUACCUCCCCCUCCCCCGCCACCGCCACCCCCUCCUCCAGGUGAUGAACCUUUUGCGCAGAACGACAAGGGGGAGUAUGACCUUCAGGCUGAGGGCCAAUCUCUAUCAGUUCAGAACGGCUCGGUUCCCCCUCCGCCACCGCCGCCGCUAUCAGCAGAGCAUAGCGACAACGACGACUCAUCCGCGACUCCCGCAGAGAACAACCACCUAAAUAAUCAGAAAUUCUUCCCGACGCACUCCCCGGGGACCGAGUACGAGACCGAGCUUGGAGACCUCAAGUCGACUCAGAUCGGCAUCGAGGGCAAAGUAUAG